CGGACCCACAGCGAGAGGAGGACCGUGCUCUGAUCUGGCAACCCCCAUCCCCCGGACCCACAGUAAGAGGAGGACCGGACCGUGCUCCCGUGGCCCCGCAGACUCACACAGGGACACACGCCGCAGGAUGGGCGUAGAGAUCGAAACUAUCUCCCCGGGGGACGGGAGGACGUUUCCUAAAAAGGGUCAGACGUGUGUGGUGCAUUAUGUGGGCUGCCUCACAGACGGGCGUAAGUUCGACUCGUCCAGAGACCGGGACAAACCCUUUAAGUUUAAAAUGGGCAAACAGGAAGUGAUCCGUGGCUGGGAGGAGGGCGUGGUCCAGAUGAGUGUAGGUCAGCGGGCUAAACUCACCUGUUCUCCAGACUUUGCUUAUGGGCACAAAGGACACCCUGGAAUCAUCCCCCCAAAUGCCACGCUCAUCUUUGAUGUGGAGCUGCUCGGCCUGGAGUGACCCCAGCUCUGGGGGUCAGGGGUCGUCUCAGCUUUACUCCGGGGUCGUGACCUUUGACCUCUGCUCCAUGUAUCUGUACCACUUUGUCUCAUUUAUUUAUAUUCAGUGUUUUUUUCUGUAAAAACACAUCUGAAAACCUCAGACUCUCAAACUGUUCCAAAGACUGAAGCUACAACCAGACCCCACCUCUUGAGUGAGCGCCUUUAUAGACCCCACCCCCAGACCCGAAUGCCUUUACAGACCCCACACCCCGCAUCUUGAGUGAGCGCCUUUAUAAACUUUGCCUCCAGACUCCGCCUCUCGAGUGAGCGCCUUUACAGACCCUGCCCCCAGACUCCUCCUCUCAAGUGUGCGCCUUUAUUAACCCCACCCCCAGACCCCACCUCUUGAGUGAUUGCCUUUAUAAACCCAGCGCCUUGGUCGACUGAGGGAGUGGGAUUGUUUUAAAAACAUCAGUUUCAUCACAUGAGCAGUCACCAUGAGGCUGUGAGGGUGUUUUGCCCAAGGACACAACAACGUUAUGGCAAUUGAACCAGUGACCCUCCAGCUGAAGCACUGCACCUCCUCUUUAAAUCAGAUCUGUUUGUCUCGUCUGAAUAUUCACAAAAGUCUUACAUUUGCAGCAAAACAUUGUUUUUUUUUAUCAUUUAAAAAAUGUGUAUUAUAAAAACUCAAGACGCUUAAGUUUCUGUAAAUAAAAACUGUCAGAUGCUCUCCCUGUGUGUCAAAUGCCCUCCUGCCCGUGUGUAUGCGUGCUCUGUGUGUCAGAUGCCCUCCCUCCUGCCAGACUGUUGCAUGUUCUUUAUCUGGAGAUAAACCUGUGUGAGAUAAACUGUUUUAAUAAAACUUAAAAAGCCACAGCUGACCCGCAGCAGAAGCCAUAAGACUGUCCGGGGUCCCAGGCUCAGGGGUCACGUCCUCAGAUGUGCUCAGAGACGUGCAAUGUCACUCUGUUUUGUUGAAGUUUGAAACAGCUAAUUUCAGUCUCUGUGUUGGUCGGAACUUUAAAUAAACUACGCUCCUGUUUCCCAAGAACUUUUAUUUUGAAGUUUGUCUAAUGUUGGCCCAGAAUUGUGUAUGUUCAAAGUGACCGAAACAUGGACAGAGAGAGACAGAACUGUGUAUGGACAGAGGGACAGAGAGACGGAGGGACAGCUCCCUCUCUUUUUGAAGCUACAAUCUGAUUAAAA